GAAUGAUUCUGGCGCUACGUCCCGGCCAGCAGGCUCUGUUAAGAGGUGUGGACGUGCUCUGCAGAAAACUGUUAGUUCCUGCCGCCCACGCGUGAGGAAGGCGCGUCAGCGAAUGGAAGCAAGUUCUGAGCGGCAGGAGACCACGGCGGCUCCCUCGGCUGGCCCUAGGGAGACGGUAACUCAGGAAGAUGCGGGCACCCAGUCCCCCGCAUAGACGAUCAGGGUCAGGAUUUGGCUGAGGAGGAGCCGUUGGGCCUUUGGAACAGGUCCCAGGGCCGGUGCGGAGGCCGAAGUCGCGGUGUAGACCGGAGGCAGCGGGAGGGCAGGAAGGUGGACUCUGACCAGCGCCCCAUUAUCAAGCGCCGCGAAGUCGGCAGGGCGCACUCUUCAGUCCGCCCGACUGGGACGCUGCGUGCGCCGGGUCUGCGGAGCGCGCCCUUCAGGUCACUUGGAGCGCAGUGGACGCUGCAGAACUUUCUCCUGGAGAUUGCGCGCGCAGCUCCGGGACCCCUGUGGAUCUCUGCAAACUUUGCCCAGGACGCGUCCGGUGCGCGCGACCAGCUUUGCCUGCCGAGGGCGCCCUCCGCGACGACGCGCGCGACCGUGAGAGCGCGCCCUCCCCGACGGGGCGCGGCGGCGCGGUGGUCCCGCGCGCGGCCGACUCUGAGAAGCGCGGGGUCCCGAGUCGGAGGCGGGGCCCGCAGCCCCGCCCGCCGGGUCGGCGUCCUGCCCGGGGCGACUCCUCCCCUGGCCGCGUUGCGGCUUUACUUUCGCUUUCGUUGGAGCGGCCGCAGACCCUCGGGGCGGAGGGACUGAGACAGCACCAGUUCUGGACGCCGUGGGAACGAUGGCAGACGAUCAAGACUGUGUCGUCCAGCAGGGGGCUGGGGACUCAGAAAGCAGAGAUACGGUUGAUGCGAAGCCAGACCGGUCCUCUUUUGUCCAGUCACUCUUCAAUAAGAAGAAGAAAAGUGGCUCAGGGAGCUCAGUCAAGAUCCCCCGGGACCGAGAGCCUACGUUUCAGUAUAACAUGGAUUUUGAGAAAGUGGGCAAAUGCAUCAUCAUUAACAACAAGAACUUCGACAGAAUGACAGGAAUGGGUGUCCGCAACGGGACAGACAAAGAUGCGGAGGCUCUUUUCAAGUGCUUCCGAAGCCUGGGUUUCGAUGUGACCGUCUAUAACGACUGCUCUUGUGCCAAGAUGCAAGAUCUGCUGAAAAAAGCUUCUGAGGAGGACCACCGAAAUUCAGCCUGCUUCGCCUGCAUCUUAUUAAGCCACGGAGAAGAAAAUUUCAUUUAUGGAACAGAUGGUGUGACAGCAAUAAAGGACCUGACGGUGCAUUUUAGGGGGGAUCGGUGCAAGACCCUUUUAGAGAAACCCAAACUCUUCUUCAUUCAGGCUUGCCGGGGCACGGAGCUCGAUGACGGGAUCCAGGCAGACUCGGGGCCUAUCAAUGACACAGAUGCUAAUCCCCGGUAUAAGAUCCCAGUUGAAGCCGACUUUCUCUUCGCCUAUUCCACAGUUCCAGGCUAUUACUCAUGGAGGAGCCCGGGGAGUGGCUCCUGGUUUGUGCAGGCCCUCUGCUCCAUCCUGAACGAGCACGGGAAAAGCCUGGAGAUCUUGCAGAUCCUCACCAGGGUGAAUGACCGGGUGGCCAGGCACUUUGAAUCCCAGUCUGACGACCCUCGGUUCCACGAGAAGAAGCAGAUCCCCUGUGUGGUUUCCAUGCUCACCAAGGAACUCUACUUCUGAAGAUGACCGUUUCAGGGGCGCAUUCUAGCUGAGAGGUUACGGAUCACUGGUUGAUGAAUCAGAAAAAAAAAAAAAUUGGUGCGGGAUACUCUUGAAAGAUCCGGAAAUUCUGAAGGAUUUUAAUUUCAGGAAGAUUACUAAUUCAACGGGAAAGAAACUUUCUGGUGCUGUCCUACGUUCUCUGAAAUUUCAGGGACUUUCUCUUUUUACAUUGUUAUCCAUUUGAUGACUUAAGAUUAAUUUUCUGUUUGUCUCUCUUUCUCCUUGUUGUCACACUUAGUACAUACAACAAAAGUGACCUCUGCAGAUGGCUUUUGGCUUUGUCCACUGUGAUCGGUGGUGACAUUGGUCAACUCUUAGAGUCAUAUUUGUACCUGGCAAAGAGUGCUUGACGAAAAAACAGCCAAAGGGAUAUUCAUUCGCCUGUAUUGCAGGCAGUGGGUACUGAGUGUGGUUUGAGUGAUUUUUUUCAUUGGCUUAGGGCAGAUUCUCAUGCAAAAAUUCCCAGAUAUGUUAUAGGGGUCGGGGGUGGCGGGGGGGGAGUGUAAUGAUUCUAAUAUGUAGCAGUCAGCAUCUAGUCAGGAAAACAGAAGCCAUUCUGAGUGUUUCAGUAGAGGGAAUUUAAGAGAAAUUGACAUACAUAGAUGAUGAAAGAGAAGAUCAAUAAAAGGAAGCUCUUGCCACCUAAGGCUUUGAGGGGGUGUGAUUCUUUGAGUCCAGAGGCUGGGGUUGUCCACAGGAGCUGGAACCAUGGCAGGGGCUGGCUGGUGGAGCUAGUGCCCCUUAGGUGUUGUAGGAAAUGGAACUGUGCCAGGGACACAGCCACUGCCCCAGAUGGGGCAACACCGGAUGACUCAGACAUGGAAAUAUACCCUGGUUUCCCCUCUCCUUCUGGCCUUUAGUCUUUGUCCAGGACCUUGGCCCUUUCAGCCCCAGCUGGGAGGGAUCUGGCAAGGGCCCUGGGAAGUCUGGUUUCCUGCAGUACAGAGCACAGCAAGGGGCAGUGAGUCAGGGGAGGAACAGGAAAUAGGCCGGGCUUACAAAGUGAAGAGAAGGAAUCCUUUUCCCUGUGUUCAGUGAUUCAUCCAUUCAUUCCUUUAUUCAUUGAGUUGUCAGAUAAUCUGUGUAUUGCCGACCAUGUGCCAAAUAAUUUGUUUCAGCUGGAAGAUAUAUCUGGAACUUUUUAGGUUAUUCCAAGCCUUAUUCUGGAGUAAAAUUUUUGUUAUCUCUAGUUCUCUAAAUUGGGGAGGGUUGAUGGCGAAGAUAUUUGCACUGUGUUCCCAAAGUGGUGGUAUCUUUUGAAUUCCUGAUAAAUUACUGUUUUAUUCUGCCUAAUAACUUGUUAACAAACAUUUAUAUUUAUUGAUUAAAAUGCGAUUGCUUAAUUCCUAA